UCAUUUGGCAUUAUAUGGUCACUAUCGUUGACCUUUUGCAGUGCACACCACACCGCAAUUUGUGUUUGGAAGAUCAUUCCUUCUUUUGCUGAUGUAUGCUGGUAUUGGCUCGCUUCUUGGCCUAAGAAUAGUAGAUGUUAUAAAGGAGAAGAUUUCUCCAGUUGCAUUGUUCAUUAGGGAGCAAACGAAAGUAGUUUUUCUUCGCACUGCUGUUAUGGACGGGCCUAAGAAAUCGGCGGGUUUUGGUGCCGUAGAUAUGUAUGUUGAGAAUAAUCAGAAAAUUGGUAUUGGAAGUGGUUCAACGAUUGUAUUUGCUGUAGAGCGCAUAGCUGAAAAAGUGAAACUAGAAGGACUGACAGUUGAAUGUGUACCUACCUCAUUUCAGGCUAGACAGCUAAUCACUGAAGCUGGCUUAACACUGAGUGACCUUGACAGGUCCCCUGAGCUUGAUCUCGCAAUUGAUGGAGCAGAUGAGGUCGAUGCGAUGCUAAACUGCAUUAAAGGUGGUGGUGGCUGCUUGACGCAGGAAAAAAUUGUUGCAUCGUGUGCCAAGAAGUUUGUUGUCAUAGCCGACAAUAGAAAGAAGUCGGAAAAAUUUGGCCAAAAGUGGACAAAGGGUGUGCCUUUGGAAGUGGUUCCCAUGGCAUAUCAACCCGUUCUUAACAAACUCAAGUCGAUGAGGUUAACACCAUCACUGAGAAUGGCCAAAGCCAAAGCAGGUCCACUGGUGACUGAUAAUGGGAAUUUCAUCAUAGAUUUUCAAUUUGGUGAGAUUGAAGAUUGGUCCCAACUGAACAGAGAUAUUAAAAUGAUACCAGGUGUAGUGGAAACUGGCUUAUUCAUUGGCAUGGCAGACACUGUCAUUUUUGGCAAAGAUGAUGGUUCUAUUGAAGUAUUGCAGCGAUAAAGAUACACGAUUUUAGACCAACUUCUCGCUGGACACAUAUAGCUAAGUAUGCAUAAUAAUCAAAAUAACAAUUAUCUGUUCUUGAAUCAAGACAGUGUACUUAUGAAUAUUUAUACGAGAGUUCAAAUAGAACAGAGUCAGAUACUAGGUAAAAAAAUGUAUUAAGAAUGUCUGUAGUCAAGUUCCAGAAUUCGUUGGACAGUUAUUUGCGCAGGUAAUUGUCCUGGUUAAAACGCUGGUAUAUACCUUGAAAAUAGCUCCAUCAGUGACAGACUUGUAGCCUGAGGUGUGAUACAAGGCCUUGGCUUUUCUGAAAUGUUCCUGUUUUUUUGGCAAAGAUAGUUUAAACGACUCCCCAUUCCAUUUUAGAAUGUUACUUUGAGCAAGAAGUACCCUUCAGAACGCGAUAAGCCAGGGUCUUUGAUAAACCAUCUGCUCUUCAAAGUGGGUUGAAAUGCCUUGAUAUGACGGUGGUACCUACAUCGAAAGUAAAACUGGAACCAUAUCCUCAGAAAAUGAGCUAACUUCAGUGCAGUUAUUGCUUUAAAAUACGCCUACUAUUUAUGUUUCUGAAAACAUUUAAUCACUGAUUUAUCUUAAAGUAUCAAGGCCAUCUUAUAACGUUGGUUGUUUUACGACAAUAGUAUAUUAUAGUCGGAUUGCUGUACCUUUGAAUUUGUUAGGGUUGUUUUUACGUUUUAUGAUCAGUCUAUUUUCGUUUCUUGAAUACAUAAACUUGUAAAUGCGAAAACUGGCCAUU